AUGGAAAAUGUGCGCCUCCUCUCGACUGGAACAGGCUUCCUGAUAGUCUUAAUUCUCCAUGUGUAUGCUUUUCGACAUAUAUUGUCAUGGGCAACCCGAAGGAUAACAACCCCCUAUCGGUCGCUGGUGCAGGUCCACGAAGAUCAGGAUGGGGAGGCUACACAACAGACCAUCGAACACACUGCAAAAUGGGGCCUUCGUUUGGCCAUUCUGGUUAUCGCGACAGCUGGGAUGGCCAUCGUAGGGCUACGGAUGGGGCUUGCUAUGCCUCAUAUCCAGUAUCCCGCAAAUGUGGCGUAUUGGAUGGAGUUCGGGGUCUGGAUAUGUGUUCUCAUCCAGAGCAUCGCUCUUACUGUUCCCUCCUCGUCCACGGAACAUUUUGCGGUUAGCUGGAGAAUGGGGGCGAGCAGUCUUGUCGCACUCCUGAUCUGUCUCGCCCAGAUUUAUGCCAACUCCCACUCAGGCCACAUUGGAAAUGUAUACAUUGCACUUGCUGGUGCCCAGAUUGCCAUUGAUGUUACAAUCGUCCUCCUCAGCUCGCUGAUUCCACGACGUCCAGAUGUUUUCUAUAAGGGUAUCAUGGUUGAUCGACAAUUCACCACCAGUCUGCUAGGCUGGGUCAGCUUUUCAUGGAUUGACCCAGUCUUGCGUAAAAGUGAACAUUCGCAACGCUUAGCUAUCAGUGAUUUGCCGGAGCUAGAUAAUAGCACGAGGGGAGUAACCGUAUACCGUGUAUGGAAAGGAAUGGCAGCAAAGUACAACUUGUCAGCGAGCUGGGGUUUAUGGUGCUCAAUAUUUCGAUCCCAUGGCCGGGCCUUGCUCUAUCAGAUGGCGCUUACUAUCCUGCUCUCAUUCCUCAGCUUUGGCCCACAAAUAGCCUUAUGGCACAUCCUGAAGCUGCUGGAAGCCCGAGAGUCCGGAAAAAAUGCCGAUAUGCUUUGGGUUCCAGUUAUUGGCCUCGGUCUAUCGGUGCUGGGGUCCGCAACACUAGACACGCUGAAGUUUUGGAUCUCAUUUAACAAUCUAAACCUUAAGGUGCAACAACAGCUAUCUCUCGCGAUCUUCAACAAGGCAGUUCGGCUGCAUCGAGCCACAAGCUCUGACGAGGCAGACAACGACGAAACCACUCCGAAUCCAGUUAAUAUGGCUGCCGUCGAUGCCAGGAAUAUAGCAGAUUUCUUCUGCUUUUUCUUCAUCAUAUAUGAGUCACCAACGAAGCUGGCAAUUGCUUCCGUUUUCCUGACUCGGCUACUGGGCUGGCGGAGCCUGCUUGCUGGAGUCACCAUCUGGGGCCUCCUUACUCUCUUCAAUGCUUGGGCAGUGAGCAGGUAUUCUACCACGCAAGCAGCAUCGAUGCAGCAUCGUGACAACAGGCUCAGAGCUGUGGUGGAGAUGCUUCGAGGUGUUCGCCAGAUUAAGUUUUCCGCACUGGAAAGCCGGUGGGAGGGAAGGAUUCGUCAAUUGCGAGGCUCUGAAAUCCGAGCGCAGUGGGCGGUCUGUCUCUGGCAGAUGGCAUUUAUGUCCAUCUUGGAUGCCUCCACUGCAUUUACAGCCUUGGCUGUUAUGAGCUCUCUUGAAAUAGCGAUGGGCAUGCUACCGAAUUUCAUAUCAUUCUUCUUAAGUGCGAAAGUGAGUAUAAGGCGGGUUACAAUAUAUCUGUCGCAGCCAGAGCGUUUCAACAAGGUUACUCCCGCCGAGCGAGUUGAAUUCCGGGAUGCGACAGUUGCUUGGCCUGGGUGCAGCGAUACAGCCAGCACUUUAACAGGUCUGACUCUGGCAUUCCCCAAGGAUUCCCUCAGCAUUAUCACCGGACCAACCGGCUCCGGCAAGAGUCUUCUUCUUGCAGCAAUAUUGGGGGAAGCAGAGAUUUUGAACGGCAGUAUAUCUGCACCAGUACCAGUCUCAUUUGAGCAAAUCGCACAUGUUCGGGCCGCCGAUCCCUGGGUGGCCAACUCUGCAGUGGCAUUCGUUUCUCAGUCAAUGUGGCUACAGACAUCCACCUUGAGAGAAAAUAUCCUUCUUGGUUUACCACUGGAUAAGGAGAGAUACGCGAAGGUGAUCUUCGCGUGCGCAUUGGACAAGGACUUGGAACUUCUUCCCCAGAAGGAUCAGACGGAAAUCAGCGCCAACGGGACAAACCUCAGUGGCGGACAACGCUGGCGCGUUUGUCUCGCUCGUGCUUUAUACUCACGGGCUCGUACGCUUCUGUUGGAUGACAUCUUUAGUGCCCUGGACGUUCAUACGUGCGAGCACAUCUCUCAGUAUGCCUUGGGUGGGGAGCUGUUGCAAGGGCGAACGUGCAUCCUCGUCACUCACCAUCUCAAACUGUGCUUACCGCGUGCAAAAUACUUGGUCCAGCUCGAGAAUGGUGGGUUGAAGUCGGCAGAUAUACUGCAUGAGCCACAACCAGCCCCUCAGCAACCGCUGAUACCAUCUAUUCAGCCAAAGGAGGAGGCAUUGCCAGCGCUCCUUGAAUCGCCAUGCCCUGACAGAGGAUCCCUGGAAAGUAUAAAUAUCUCCAGUAGCUCUGCAACUGCCGAGAAAGCUAGCAGGUUGGCUACCAAUUCCUCCGAACGCACAGUUGCUAGUACUUUCUUAACAGAGGGGGGUAAUAUCUUCCAAUGGCUGUUUCUGGCUGUCUCAUUUAUGGGGUUCUCAGGGCUUAUGUUGGCUAAGUCCUGGUGGAUUCAUAUAUGGACGGAUGAUUUUCAGGCAUCGGCCCCGGUCCCUGGGCAAGCCACCGAACAAAUCGCCUCGCAACACUCAGUGUUAUACUAUCUCGGCGUAUAUAUUAUACUCUCACUGUUAGCGUGUGCCUUUGGCACAGGCCGUAUUUAUUCCACUUCGUCUGUUGCACUUCGAGCCUCGCAAAAUCUGUUCCAUAAAGUACUCUCUUCUGUGCUCCGCGCCCCUCUUCAGUGGCACGACAACACGCCCCUAGGACACAUCCUUAGUCGAUUCUCCGCUGAUUUCAAUGCGUUGGAUGCCCAAGUUGGAACCGAGCUUUGUUCUACCUUUGAGUACGCAAUGGAUGUGGCUGCAGCAUUGAUUGCUGGCACCAUUGCGAAUCCCGCCCUCCUUAUCAUCACUAUCGUCCUCCUGACGAUGUACUUCUGGUUCGCCCGCCGGUAUAUCAAGGCGUCCCGACAGUUGAAAGACUUGGAGAACGACGCUAAAGGGCCACUUCUCGAGGAACUGGAAAGCACAAUCAGUGGUCUGUCUUCCGUACGAGCCUUUGGGCAAGUGGACGUUGCUGUACAAAGAUUUCAAGAUAAAGUGGGCCGCCACGCACGAGCAUUCUGGCAUCUCUGGUUGCUCAACCGGUGGCUGGCCUUCCGAGUCAAUGUUCUGGGUGCUGCAUUUUCCGCUCUUUCCGCUGUGAUGGUAGCGUACAUGCCGGGGAUCAGCCCGUCGGUAGCUGGAUUUGCCAUCGGCUUCACCCUUCAGAUUUCCUUCAACAUGGCAAUGGGUAUACGCGCGUAUUCUAAUCUGGAGCAAGCAAUGAAUAGCGUAAAGCGAAUCCAUUCACUCACUACCAUAGAGACCGAAUCGGACAAAGGGUACGACCAGGAUCUUCCACGGGGCUGGCCCCAGGAGGGAAAACUAGAGGUUUCCCAACUAUUCGUCCAGCACGCCGCUCAUCUUCCACCUGUGUUGAAAGGGCUAGAUUUCACCGUUUCGCCGAAUACUCGUGUCGGGGUGAUUGGGCGCACGGGCGCUGGUAAAUCGUCUCUUGUCUUGGCUUUGUUUCGCUUCCUGGAGGCUUCCCACGGCUCGAUCAGGGUGGACAAUGUCGAUAUCUCGCAGGUGAGCCUUAGCCGGCUGCGUAGCCAGCUAGCAAUUAUCCCGCAGCAUCCGGUGCUUUUCCGUGGAACGGUGCGGUCGAACCUUGAUCCUUUUGGCGAGUACGAUGACGCCGCCCUUGCCGGCGCGCUGCAAGCUGUUGGAUGGUAUCAGGAUCGUGACUCGGAAGACAGCCCUGGUUCUCCACUCCGAUCCUCCUCAGACCGCAACUCUCUAGUCGAAGAAGGCAUCGACACGGAGCACGACUAUCUCCUCAUGGAAAAAAGCACAGAAAAUCCGCUCGACCAGCCGGUUGCCGACUGUGGAGAGAAUCUCUCUCAAGGACAACAGCAACUCCUUUGUCUCGCUCGCGCUAUCAUCCGACGUCCGAAGAUCCUUGUCAUGGAUGAGGCAACAUCGUCGGUUGAUAGUUCGACUGACGAUCUGAUCCAGCGAAGCUUACGCUCGGCCCUUGGCCAAUAUCAGACCACCUUCUUGGUCAUUGCUCAUCGGCUGAAGACAAUUGCCGACUCAGAUAUGGUGCUUGUCAUGGAUGACGGGAUGAUUGUAGAAUCGGGCAGUCCGAAGGAGUUGCUCCUUCGUGAGCAGUCGUCUUUCCGGGGCAUGGUGUAUCAGGAUCCGGAGCGGGAGAUGCUGGAAAAUAUCAUCUUAAAUGGGGUCCAAUGA